AUGAUGACUACUGUUCAAAAUAUGCCGGAUUCAAUGGAACUUCCGACACUUAAACUACCACAAAUCCGUCCAUCCUCGCAUGACUCUAAUAGUAUGGAUCAGCCUGUGACUGCUCAAAAUGUUACUAACUCGUACGAACAAUGGCGUGCCAAUAUUCAUCGAGAUUUGGAAGAAGAUCUUCAACGGCAAGUAAAACAAAUACUUGACGAAACAGAGAGGCAAGAACGUUUAGCUAGAUUACGUCGACAAUAUCUUCGAGCUGGUCAACAUUUUUCACCUCAACAAAUAGAAAACAACGGCCGCCAAAGUGAUCCAUGGAGUGAAAUAGAUAGACGUAAUCAACGUGUUCUGUAUCCACUCAAUGCAAAAGAAUCAUAUGGAGCACAAAAUCAUCUUCCAAAAUUUAACGGACAAAAAAAUAAAUUUUCCAGCGGUAGUUUUAAUCUAGACUCAUACACUAAUUAUUGUCUUCGUCGACGACUUUCAUCAAAUCGAAAUGAUGAACAAUUAUUAGAAGAUGCAUCAGUUGAUUUGCAAAAUUUUCAUAGCAAACGACAAUUCCAGACAAUAAUUAAAAAAGAUUCAUCAUUUUUAUAUGGAAAUAAUCUACUUAAAUCAAGCAAAUCUGAUUUAAUUAGUAUCUUUGAUCAGAGGUCAAUUAAUGGUGAGACUACAGGUACUUAUGCUAAUAAACAUGGAGUUAUUAUUAGUCUGGAUGGACCAUUCUGGCCGCGUGAUUUUCGCAUCCUUCAUCCAACGCCAAAAUUACUUAGCCGCGAAUUGGCACCUACAGAAUUCUAUUUUACAGUUACAAAUUCAUCAAUGCCAUGUAAGUAA